CUUUGCCCUCGGCUGACGUUGCGCUUGAAUCGAUAGGGUGCCCACGAUGUCUCAAGGAGGUCUGCAUUCAUUAGCUACAAUUAUCAAACGUCUGGAGGCUGCUACUUCUCGCCUUGAAGAUCUGACGAUUGCCCAGGCAAGCGGGACGUUGCCGAAGAGUACUGAAGCAUCUGGUGAUAAAGGUCCAUCAGAUGGACAUGCUUCAUUGGCACCCCCUCCCCCGCCUCCGCCUCCUCUCCAAACACUCACAACUAUGACAGAAAUUCCAAGGAGUGUUGAAGCAUUUGACGAGAAUAUCGUCAAUGGGAAGCUAAAAGCAUUCGUGGAGCUCACGAAGUCAUUUGCAUCACCACUUGUCAUCGAGCAGGUCGGACAUGUAGAGAGUGUAUUCAAAGACAUGAGAAAUCUACUCCUUACAGCAUCCGCAUGCAAUAAGCCAGAUUCCAAAACGUUUACUUCGCUACAGGAGCCAAUUGGAAAAGGCGUAACGGCCGUUAUGCAAGUCCCGGAGAAAAACAGAAAAGAGCGCGUUUGGUAUAAUCACUUAAUGGUAAUAUCCGAGGGUAUCCCUAGCGUCGGCUGGGUUGGCGUUGAACCAAAACCGGGGCCCCACGUUGCACAGAUGAAGGAGGCAGCAGAGUUCUACGGAAACAAAGUCAUAAAGGAGUUCAAAGAGAAGGAACCGAAGCAUGUGGAAUGGGUCAGGGCUUGGAUGGCCCUGCUCGAAGAGCAACGCAAAUACGUGAUGGAAUUUCAUACUACUGGGCUGGCCUGGAAUCCUAAGGGAAUCCCUGUGAAUCAAUUCUCCGGGUCUGCGCCUCCGUCGGGAGCUCCUCCUCCGCCUCCCCCACCUCCAAUAAUCAGCUCGUCAUCAUCUACCUCUUCUAGUGGCGGUGGACUUGGCGCUGUCUUCGCAGACCUAAACCGGGGAACCGAUGUGACGAAAGGCCUGCGGAAAGUCGACAAAUCAGAGAUGACACACAAGAAUCCCGAGUUACGGGCAUCAAGCACUGUACCUGCUACCAAUAGCACCCCAUCCAAGCGGCCCGUUAAGCCUACCAAGCCUGCAGCUCUCUCCGGAAAGAAACCAUCUAAGUUCGUUCUAGAGGGUACAAAAUGGACGAUUGAAUACCAAGAAAACGAGCCGGCGUUGGUUGUAGAAAAUACUGAACUUAGCCACAUCGUGAACCUUUACGGGUGCAAAAAUUCAACUGUGCAAAUCAAAGGAAAAGUGAACGCUGUUAAUCUCAUCAAUUGCACUAAGACUUCAGUCCUCGUGGAUUCCGUUGUUUCGGGCAUUUCUGUCACGAACUCGCCUUCAUUCGCGGUGCAGAUCACGGGCACUGCUCGAACCAUCCAACUAGAUUCCACAGAUUCCGGACAAAUUUAUUUGUCGAAGGCUUCGCUAGACGUGGAAAUCACGACGGCAAAGUGCAGUGCCAUUAACGUGAGCCUGCCUGUUGAGGGCGAAGAAGAGGGCGUAUUUGUUGAGAGAGCGAUGCCGGAGAUGAUGAGGACAACGAUCAAGGAUGGAAAAUUGGUUGCAACUAUCGUAGAGCAUUCAGGUUGAUUCUAUGUCAUGACUUAAUGUUUGCUAUCUUUAAAUGAC